GGUCUGACAGCAAAUAUUCAAAAAUAUGAAAUUAACUGAACUCUUAUGCCGUGGAAAACGUUUACGUCAUGAUAAACUCCAGUUCUUGACCAAUCGUUAUUGGUAUGAAAGAGGUUCACGUUUGAAAGUUAACCGUUUACGUGUUCCCGAACAAGUUGCGAGUGGUCCAGAUAAUCCUUUAUUAAAAGCAGAAAAUAUGUUUAAAUCAACUAGGUAUGAUGAUGCACUUCUGAACGAAAUUGAAAUAGGAAUUACUUCAAAUGAAGCCGAACGUAUAGAACAACAAAGAUCAGAGAAACUUCAGUGUUUUCAUCCUCUCUUCGGAGAUGUCCGCUCUCACCAAGAUAGUGAGCCGUCAUUAAUCUUCUCCAGUAAACGACGUUUCUCAAAGGGUGUAGAUCAAGCCAGUCUUUUAACAAAUACUGUCGUUACCUUGGGUGCGCCACCGACAUUAAAUAACCUCUUUGAUAAAAUUUAUGAAUUGAAUAAACUUGUUGAUUCAGAUAAGUCAAUUGCAGAUUGGAGAUCUACUUUACGUUUAUCUGUAGAACGGUCAAUUCUACAUGCUCAUGUUUGGCAAACAGAUGAAACUAAACUGCCUCGUCGAUUCCACCAAAAGUCGUAUGUUUGGAAACAUAAACCCGAGUAUGGAAUCCAUCCUGAUCAGAGCACUCGUUAUCUAUUCCACAAUUUAUUUCGUAUUUUGGAAUUUCAAGCCCCUAAUUAUAUGAAUCAUACUGGCUUGAUUCCUAUCGAAAAUCAACUUUCUGAUAGUUUGCCUUUUCGCUGGACCACCCGAGAUCGUUUAUUAGAAACAUUCUACUUCUGGGGUGCAGAAAAGCGUCGUAUCAGUUUUUCAGAACAACAUGAUUUGGUAGUUAUGGGUCAGACACCCGCCCCUCUCUUUCUGAAUGAUCAUGAUACUAUUCAAAAGUUGAGUAACGUCUCUAUGCUACCAGUUGCAACGUUUGGUCCUAUGUCACCUUUAAUUGAUCUUACAAGUACUUUGUAUUAUCGAGAAGACAGUACUAAUGGAUGGCUUGAAACUCAAAAUCGCCGCUAUGCAUUUCCGCAUAUUUUUACAGUAAAUUUCAGUUUACCAAGUGUGUGGUCAGAUUAUUUGGAGCCAGAAGCGGAUCCUGUUAUCCCGGAACAUCGAUAUGCGAUAGCAUUAAUGAAUUGUUUUGCAUCUGCAGUUGCGCAAGCUCGUUCAAUGGGAAUCAGCGAAGGGGUUCUCGACAAACCGCUUUGUGUUCAGUGUGUUUGUUCUGAUGGAGUAUAUUUUGAUUUUGUAACAUUUCAGUUAAAUAAUAUGGAUGUACCUGAUUAUCAGUUUAGUCAAAAAUCAAAUAAUAAUGCACCCAAAAAUUUUGCCUGGAUUGAUGGAAACCAUCGUCUAUUCAAAAAAGCUGUACCAACAAAAACCAUGAUGCGAAACACAAAAUAUCGUGAUCUAGAUAUGAGUGUAUUUGAUCGCCUCUCAGGCUACUAUCUUUGUGGGUUGAUCAACAAUUCCUUCAACAUAAAUGAAUCAUUAAUACCUGAACUUAAUACAGUUAACCAUCAAAUCCGUGAAUAAAAUAUUACUUUGUACAAAGAACACAUAAGUUUACAAAUAAGAACAUUUUGUAACUUUAUUUAAGAAAAGAUUAUAAUUUACGUCUGUAUAAAUACAUAUACGUUUACCUUUUUC